AUCGCUGCGGGUCACGUGAGCGCCCACCAUGGCUUCCUGGUGCGGCUCGGGCCGAGGCGGGCGCGCGGCCUGACCCGAGACCCCAGAGCUGUUCCCCCCCACCCCCCCUCCCCGAUCCAGCCGCGGAGCCUCGUCCGCCUCCUUUCCUGCCCCCCUCCGCCCCGCCCCGCCCCCACCAUGCAGAAGAUCAAGUCCCUCAUGGCCCGCCAGGGUCUCAAGAGCCCCCAGGACAGCGUGGGCGAGCUGAGCCCCAUCGAGAACCUGCGGCUGCCCAGCAAGGAAGAGCUGCGAGAGCUUCGGGAACAGCCCAUCGACCCCCAAGCCCAACAAGAAAUCAUCAACAGCAUCGAGGACGUGUACUUCUCGACCGACUCGUUUGACAUCGUGAAGUAUGAGAUGGAGAAGCUUCCUCCUGUUCUCAAUCUGCAAGAAUUGGAGGCCUACAGAGACAAGCUGAAGCAGCAGCAGGCCGCCGUCUCCAAGAAAGUUGCAGAUUUGAUCCUUGAAAAGCAGCCUGCGUAUGUCAAGGAGCUCGAAAGAGUGACCUCGCUGCAGACCGGCCUCCAGCUGGCGACCGUCAUCUGCACCAAUGGAAGAAGGCACUUGAACGUGGCCAAGGAGGGUUUUACUCAGGCCAGCCUGGGCCUCCUGGCCAACCAGAGGAAGCGGCAGCUGCUGGUGGGCCUGCUGAAGUCCCUGCGGACCAUCAAGACGCUGCAAAGGACGGACGUGCGCUUGAGCGAGAUGCUGGAGGAGGAAGAUUACCCCGGGGCCAUCCAGCUUUGCCUGGAGUGUCAGCAGGCGGCCAGCACCUUCCGGCACUACAGCUGCAUCAGUGAGCUGGACUCCAAGCUGCAGGACACCCUGGAGCAGAUCGAGGAGCAGCUGGACGUGGCGCUGUCCAAAAUCUGCAAGAACUUCGAUGUGGCGCAUUACACCAAGGUGCAGCAGGCCUACCGGCUGCUGGGGAAGACGCAGACCGCCAUGGACCAGCUGCACAUGCACUUCACCCAGGCCAUCCACAACACCGUGUUCCAGGUGGUCCUGGGCUACGUGGAGCUCUGUGCUGGCAACACGGACACCAAGUUCCAGAAGCUCCAGUACAAGGACCUCUGCACGCACGUGACGGCCGACAGCUACAUCCCGUGCCUGGCCGACCUCUGCAAAGCCUUGUGGGAAGUCAUGCUCAGCUACUACAGGACCAUGGAAUGGCACGAGGCACAUGACAAUGAGGGCGUGACCAAGGCUGAGGGUGGCGGUGCGGCCGGGCCCGACGAGAGCAAUUUUGACCGCAGUUACGUGAAGAAGAAACUGGAACACGGACUGUCGCGGAUAUGGCAGGAUGUCCAACUCAAAGUGAAAACCUACUUGUUUGGGACAGACAUGUCGACCUUCAAGUACGACGACUUCAUCUUUGUCUUGGACAUAAUCAGCAGGCUGAUGCAGGUGGGCCAGGAGUUCUGCGGCAGCAGGUCCGAGGUUCUGCAGGAGUCCAUCCGCAAGCAGAGCAUCAACUACUUCAAGAACUACCACAGAACGCGCCUGGACGAGCUGAGGAUGUUCCUGGAGAACGAGACCUGGGAGCUGUGCCCCGUGAAGUCCAGCUUCAGCAUCCUGCAGCUCCACGAAUUCAAGUUCAUGGAGCAGUCGCGGUCGCCGUCCGUGUCCCCGAGUAAGCAGCCGGCCUCCGCGGCCUCCACGGCCUCCACCCUGUUUGAGCAGUACAGCGGCGGGGGGAACCCCUUCGAGAUUCAGGCCGACGGCAAAGACGAGGAGACGGAGGACGUCCUGGCCUCCAACGGGUACGAGUCGGACGAGCCCGAGAAGAGCGCGUACCAGGACUACGACAGCGACAGCGACGUCCCGGAGGAGCUGAAGCGAGACUACGUGGACGAGCAGACCGGGGACGCCCCCGUGAAGAGCGUUUCACGAGAAACCUUAAGGAGCCGGAAGAAGUCAGACUACAGCCUGAACAAGGUCAACGCCCCCAUCCUGACCAACACCACGCUGAACGUCAUCCGGCUGGUGGGGAAAUACAUGCAGAUGAUGAGCAUGCUCAAGCCCAUCGCCUUCGACGUGGUCCACUUCCUGUCUCAGCUCUUUGACUACUACCUCUACGCCGUCUACACCUUCUUUGGCCGCAACGACUCGCUGGAGUCGACAGGCCUGGGCCUGAGCAGCAGCCGCCUGCGGACCACCCUGAACCGGAUCCAGGAAAGCUUGAUUGACCUGGAGGUUUGCGCGGACUCCACGGGUGCCCUCACGGCAGGUGAGGAGAGGAAGGAGAAGGUGCCGAGUCCACACCUCAGUCACCUCGUGGUCCUGACGUCCGGGGACACGCUGUACGGGCUGGCAGAGAGAGUUGUCGCCACGGAGUCCUUGGUCUUCCUGGCUGAGCAGUUUGAGUUCCUGCAGCCCCACUUGGACGCCGUGAUGCCGGCGGCUAAGAAGCCCUUCCUGCAGCAGUUUUAUUCUCAGACGGUCUCGACCGCCAGCGAGCUGCGCAAACCCAUCUACUGGAUCGUGGCGGGCAAGGCCAUCGACUACGAGCAGAUGCUGCUGCUGAUGGCCAGCGUCAAGUGGGACGUGAAGGAGAUUAUGUCCCAGCACAACGUCUACGUGGACACUUUGCUGAAGGAGUUUGAGCAGUUUAACUGGCGGCUGAGCGAGGUGUCCAAGAGGGUCCGAAUCCCCCUGCCCGUGUCCAAUAUCCUCUGGGAGCACUGCAUACGGCUGGCCAACAGGACGAUUGUGGAGGGGUACGCCAACGUGAAGAAGUGCAGCAACGAGGGCCGGGCCUUGAUGCAGCUGGACUUCCAGCAGUUCCUCAUGAAGCUGGAGAAGCUGACGGACAUCCGGCCCAUCCCGGACAAGGAGUUCGUGGAGAUCUACAUCAAGGCCUACUACCUGACGGAGAACGACAUGGAGCGCUGGAUCAAGGAGCACCGGGAGUACUCGUCCAAGCAGCUGACCAACCUGGUGAACGUCUGCCUGGGCUCGCACAUCAACAAGAAGGCGCGGCAGAAGCUCCUGGCGGCCAUUGACGACAUUGACCGGCCCAAGAGAUAGUGAGCGCCGCUGCGGGGCCUCCCGCUCCCGGCCCCUCCCCCCGUGCCGAUCCCGCCCGGGACCACCCCGCGCAGGCGCCCGACCCCGCGUAUGCUUCUGCCCCGUUGGCUGCUCCCCCGAGUGAUUUGACUCCCCGUCCUGCUCCCGGUUUCAAUUGUCCCCUUUCCCGAGAACGCGCGGUGAAGUCAGGCGGGCGCGCGCAGUCUCGUGGCCGCGCCUGCGGCGGUCACGCGCGGUGCCGGGGCGCCCUCUGGGGGCUCGAGAAAGGACCCAUUUUGUGAGCGCCAAUAAACGCUGUCGCCGA